CCGGCCUCUGGCUCCGUCUUCCUCCGCAUGUGGCUUGCUCCGCGGCCGCAGAGCAGUUCAGUCCGUACACUUUUCCUCGCCGUCUCCUUCGGGCUCUCCGCGCGUCACCGGAGCCAUGUCGUUCGCCGAAACCAACCCGGCGGCAUCUUCCCUUCCCAACGGCAAUUGUGGCCGCCCCAGGGCGCGACCGGGAGGGAACCGAGUGACGGUGGUGCUCGGCGCGCAGUGGGGCGAUGAAGGCAAAGGGAAGGUGGUGGAUCUCUUGGCGCAGGACGCCGACAUCGUUUGCCGCUGCCAGGGAGGAAAUAAUGCUGGCCAUACAGUUGUUGUUGAUUCUGUAGAAUAUGACUUUCAUCUUUUACCCAGUGGAAUAAUUAACCCAAAUGUUACUGCAUUCAUUGGAAAUGGUGUGGUAAUUCAUCUACCUGGAUUGUUUGAGGAAGCAGAGAAAAAUGUUCAAAAAGGAAAAGGUCUAGAAGGCUGGGAAAAAAGGCUUAUCAUAUCUGACAGAGCUCAUAUUGUAUUUGAUUUUCAUCAAGCAGCUGAUGGUAUCCAGGAACAACAGAGACAAGAACAAGCAGGAAAAAAUUUGGGUACCACAAAAAAGGGCAUUGGCCCAGUUUAUUCUUCCAAAGCUGCUCGGAGUGGACUAAGGAUGUGCGAUCUUGUCUCUGACUUUGAAGGCUUCUCUGACAGGUUCAAAGUUCUGGCUAACCAAUACAAAUCUAUAUACCCGACUUUGGAAAUAGAUAUUGAAGGUGAAUUACAAAAACUCAAGGGUUAUAUGGAAAGGAUUAAACCAAUGGUAAAAGAUGGAGUUUAUUUCCUAUAUGAGGCCCUACAUGGACCACCAAAGAAAAUCUUAGUAGAAGGUGCAAAUGCAGCACUGCUAGAUAUUGACUUUGGGACUUAUCCUUUUGUAACCUCUUCAAAUUGUACUGUUGGAGGCGUUUGUACUGGUCUGGGUAUGCCCCCUCAAAAUGUGGGAGAAGUGUAUGGAGUUGUGAAAGCUUAUACAACUAGAGUUGGUAUCGGUGCCUUUCCUACAGAGCAAGACAAUGAAAUUGGAGAAUUAUUACAAACAAGGGGUAGAGAGUUUGGUGUAACUACUGGAAGGAAAAGAAGAUGUGGCUGGUUGGACCUUGUUUUGCUCAAAUAUGCUCACAUGAUCAACGGAUUUACUGCGUUGGCACUUACCAAACUGGAUAUUUUGGAUAUGUUUACGGAAAUAAAAGUUGGAGUUGCUUAUAAGUUAGAUGGUGAAAUCAUACCUUAUUUUCCAGCAAACCAAGAAGUCUUAAAUAAAGUUGAAGUUCAAUAUAGGACUCUUCCAGGAUGGAAUACAGACAUAUCAAAUGCAAGGACAUUUAAAGAACUCCCUGUUAAUGCACAGAAUUAUGUUCAAUUUAUUGAAGAAGAGCUUCAAAUUCCAGUGAAAUGGAUUGGUGUAGGCAAAUCCAGAGAGUCUAUGAUUCAACUCUUCUAAGAAUUUCCAGUGACACAAGAAACACUCCUUGAGAGGGGGAAAAAUGAGACUUUCUUAAACAUUUUAUGAUCUGCAAAUUCAAGAAUAAAAACAUUGAAAUGAGUUUUAAGCCCCACAGUUGUUUCCAGUCCUUUAUGAUGGAUGGCUGUUGCAGAACUAAACUUUGGCAUAUUCCGGCGUCAGCAUUCCUUAGCUGGCAUAAUUGCCAAAUCAUUUGUUGCUCCUGCUGCUCAUGGUGCCACAUUUUCUUUUAAUGUUUAGUAAUAGUAUAAUUCAUGUCAUUUGAAAUCUAAAGUAGAAUUAUUUUGAAUGUAGUUUUUCUUCAUUAUUGUCAUUGUAUAUUAGGUUUUACCCCUAUUAGUUAGUAAGAACAAUUAAUGCUGUUUUGCACAAGUAUUUUACAUUUUGAUCAUUCAGUCUUGUCAUUGUAAUCUUUACUGUCAGAAAAAUGAAGAAAUGACAGGGGUUCUGUAAACUUUUGUAAUGCUAUAAAUUCUGUUCAAAUUGUGAACUGUUUGUUUUCUGCUGAGAUCAUUGCAAAAUCGAGCUAUUGGGAGAGGGGGAUAUUCAAGGGUCCUUUAAUUUGUACAGAAUACAGAACUUAUUUCUCCCUAAGUUAUUUAAUAAAUUGAGCAUUUAAUUAAAUGUUAAAAGAGGAAAAGUGUUCCCCAAAGCAACCUUAAUGUUAAAAAAAAAAAGUCAUUAAAAGAUCUGUUGUGAUAUUUGGUGGAUAUUCUUUAAUUUCAGACAUUAACUCUGAAAUGUAUAUCUUUCCUUUUUUAUCUUACCAUUAUUCCUAAAUCUAAUGGAUGCUCUUUCAACAUUGUGCCUGCCAAUAUGCCUACAAAAUCAUCUGUAAGCAUCAAAAUGAACCCAUAUUGUUGGUCAUAAUUUUGAUCAUGCCUUUAUUUCUCCUUUCUUGAAAAACAGAGAUGUUGUUUUGAUAAUUAGGUUUGACAUGUUGUGUUGUAGAUUAUCCUUCAAUGAAGUAUUUUAAAUGUUUAAA